AUGCUUCUCCCCGAAGUACUCUGCAGCAUUGCGCUGGCGUUACUCGCUGAUGACGACCUAGCCGUCGUGUACGGAGAUGAGCGGGACUUCUCGUGGUUUUUGAUGAGCCACGUCAGCAAGGCAUGGCGCUUCGAGCUGACAAAUUGUUGCUCUCUGUGGGCUCGCGGUAUCAGCCACGUCCGUACCGUCGAAAUGUUCGAACUAUUUCUCAGACGGGCGCAAGAUUGCCCUUUGGUUGUGGACACCGAUGUCUUCAGCAGCCACGUCACAAAUCGGCAGUUCACCCUCAGAUUCAUUCCGCUUUUCCUGCAAUUCACCUCUAUCUACACGGUCGUUCGUGCGCGCAGCGUUCGUAGUUUCUCCACACGACACUUAGAGUUGCUGCCUCACGGUUGGUCCGCCGGUCACUGGAAUCGGAGACUUUCGGGAGCGACGUUUCAUCACCUCGCAGAAUUGAAGAUCUGGUUUCCAGAGAAGGCGGAACCCAUAUUACCAUUUACGGCGCCUGCCCUCCGACAGCUUUCCCUGCACGGCCGCUGGACCGAUAACGUGGGCGUCAUCAACAUCGACUGCCUUUUCGCCAUUCUCACAGGCUCUCCGCUUCUGAAAUCCCUCGAGCUGAAAUACGCUCUGGCAAGCGACCCGUCCCUUGCCCUGACGGGAGAGAGUCUUACCGGUCUCACCCGUCACACUCUUCGGGAGCUUGAUUUCGCCGAUCGACAAGAUGAUGCGUUAUUUGCUCUCAGCACGCUCGUUCAGUUAGAGCCCUCAGCCGAGCUAUCUAUAUACGUCGAAGAUCCACUCUCCCUCGCGCGGACUCUUGACGUAUUUCGCACUUUGGCGCGCGUCGAACGAGACGCAGAGAUGGAAGUUCGCAUCAAGACCAGUCCAUCGUGCGAGCUCUCAGGCGUUGCGAGCGCGUACACGGUGCGCAUUGCGUACGAAAGUCCCCCGUCGAUCCUUCAAAUUUCGAAAACCCGUUCCUCGAAAGCGGCGUGGACUUGGGAGGCGCUGGGGUCCCUGCUCUCCGGCCGCACUCGGGGCUUAACGUUGGGCGUUUUCCCGGCCGACAGACCCUUCUUUGCACCUACGAAACACGGGGGACCGCCACUUUAUGAUCUCACGGGGUUUAUGGCACAGAUGGACGGACUCCGCCACUUCAGUGUCAGCGGCGAAGACGUCCAUGCCGGAGCACUGGAUCUUCUACCCGGCACGCAUGUCCCGAGUCAGCUGGUGGUUCAAGGUGGCCCCGGAGGCGCCUGCCUUGACGCUCUCAGAAUGUGGCUGGACCGCCGACAGCCAGCAGGCGAUCUGCGAGCGUCCCGCCCGGUGGUGAUUCUUCAGCACUCGACGCUGGAAGGGCCGCAGCACAGCAAGGUCACGGCGCUCGCAGAAUACUGUUCUGAGCUCCGUGACGAGAGGGUUCCGCCGGUCAUUGUGCACGUCGACUGA